AUGGUUGAAAAACCUAUUCAACAAACCUCCAAAGUCAUUUUAGACAAAGGAAAAGAAAAUCAAUUUGAAAUUCAAGACAGUGGUUUGUCAACUAAAACCACUGAUAAUACCUCUCCUCCUCUUUUGAACUCUCAAACUGAGACUGCGCCACACACACUCAGAGAUAAAGAUGAAAGCUCAUCCCCAGAUAUAUUAAUGGAGGAGUUAACUGAUCAAGAACAAGCUCCCCUGAUUGUUCCUAUUAUAUGUCAAACAGAACAUAUGGCUGGUGUCCCCUUUGACAAAAUUAAGGGGAAAACUGCAAAAGAAAAGACAAAGAACUUAGACAAAUUAUUUGCAUCAUUUUUGUCUUAUUCGGGAACUCGCAUUAGAAUUAACAAAAAAGUCAAAUACUUGGUUGUUAAUUUUAUAAAUGAGGAAGAUUUACACAAGGCAAUACAACAAGAAAUUAAAGUUUCUGACACAGAAAAGAUCUACUGCAUCAAGUGGGACGAAAUUAAACCCCCUACUCCAGAAGAGGAAAAACACAAGUCACAUGAAAACAUCCAACAUUUCAAAGGAAAUGUGUGGGUUAACUUUAUAAUUAAAGAUUGUGUUUGUGUGCUACCACAUACACUUACUGCAGAACAACAUGAAACAAGACAAAAAUAUUGUUUCAAGCUUGCUGGCUUGCCAACCAACUGCCGAGCAAAAGAUAUCAUUGACUUUCUUGAGGAUAUCAAUGCCCACUCUAUAUUCAUACCAAGAAAUCCUAAUAAUUAUAAACAGCUUAAUUAUGCCUAUAUCAAUUUUGAAUCUGAUAAGGACCUAGCUGCCACAGCAAAAACUGAAUAUUCAUAUGAGGGGAAUGUACUCUAUUGGUGCGCUGAUGAUGCAAAGACCUGUCACAUUUGUGGCAACCCUGAUCAUAUGGCAGCAGUUUGUCCAAAUAAAAAACAACAGUCUGCAAAAGAUAAUAAACUCCAAAAACUAUAUACCAAAUUUCAGCCUGUGCAACACUGCAGGAUUCCAAAAUCCUAUGCAGAAGCAACAUGA